CUCAUAAUUUUAUAUAUAUAUAUAUACCCACCUCCUUCUCUCAAACCAACAAUAAAAACCCAGAAGGUUCCAGAUCAUCGGGAAGAGGGAUAUCCUCGUCAUUUUGAUCAGAUCCAUACUCUCCCUGACAUUCCAGUAGAGAUAGAAAGGAACGAACAGCACAGUACAGCGCAGCUUCUUACAGUGCUCUUACAAAAAAGAAGGGGAAAUUUGCAGAACACAAGAAUUGUGAAAGAAGGGGAGAAUUCUCUGUUAAUAUUCACUUGACAAUUCAAGCAUUUUGAGAGUAGAUUUGGUGAGGAUUUCUAGAAAUGGAAAGGACCACGCCGGUGAGGAAGCCACACACAUCCACCGCAGAUCUGCUCACGUGGUCGGAGAAUCCUCCCGCCGAUUCGCCCCCCGGUGGCUCUGCUUCUCGUUCUGCUACCCGUUCACAUCAGCCGUCCGAUGGGAUCAGUAAGGUGGUGUUUGGAGGUCAAGUGACGGACGAGGAGGUUGAGAGCUUAAACAAAAGGAAACCUUGCUCAGGGUAUAAAAUGAAAGAGAUGACUGGAAGUGGCAUUUUUGCAGCCGACGGUGAAAAUGAUGUAUCCGAAUCCAACGAUUCUAACCUUUCUCUGAAUGGCAGAACAGGAGUACGAAUUUACCAGCAAGCAUUGGCUGGUAUCAGUCAUAUUUCUUUUGCUGAGGAGGAGAGUGUCUCCCCCAAAAAGCCAACUACUCUUCCUGAGGUAGCAAAGCAGCGAGAGCUAAGUGGAACACUAGAAAGUGAGGCCGAGGCCGAGGCAAGGUUGAAAAGGCAGCUUUCUGAUGCUAAAUGCAAGGAACUCAGUGGACAUGAUAUCUUUGCACCCGUGCCUGAAAUUUUACCACGACCAACAGCUGUACGUGCAUUGGCAUUGAAAGAAAGCAUCCAAAUUGGAGAAACUUCUCCAAGUGAUCCUGCUGGAGGUCAAACAAGUGAGGAACCCGUGAACAAGACAGCCAAGAAAAUUUACAAUCAGAAAUUUGCUGAACUAUCGGGAAACAACAUAUUCAAGGGUGAUGUUCCUCCAUCAUCUGCCGAGAAACCUCUGAGUUCAGCUAAAUUGCGAGAGAUUAGUGGCAGCAACAUUUUCGCUGAUGGGAAGGCAGAGUCUCGAGACUACUUAGGCGGUGUUCGCAAACCCCCUGGCGGAGAGAGCAGCAUUGCACUGGUCUAAACUUUUAGGUCUAACAAAGUUAUUUUAAUCUUACUACAUUGGUGUCUGGUUUUGAUUUUAUUUUCUAGUUGGGGAUGUGCUAUUGUAUUAUUUGACUUGCAUUGUGGGUUUCUGAGUUAUGAUUUAGGGUUUUAGCAUAUCAACUGAGCUGAGCUGUGGACUCCCUACUAAAUGCUUGACCCCUUCAUAAUGUUAUUACUUUUAACAUAUUAUUACCAUUGUUUUUCUUGAUUAUUUA